AUGUCUGAAAAAGUUUAUGCAAUAAUUGAAACGGAAAUAUCAUUGGAAGAAUGGCAGAGAACAGAAAUAGAUGGUAAAAAGAAAAUGAGAAUUAUUAAUAAAAUUGUUGAUUUACAACAAAAACUACAGACAAAGGCAGCUGAAAGUGAACCUGACCAGAGUACUGUACACACUGAGGAAGACACUGUUAAGGCAGCUAAACGUCUUGGUAAUGGAGCUAUAACCCUAGAUAGCAAAGAGAGGAUUGACCAUUUUCGCAAGAUUGUUAGUGGCUGGAAGAUGACUAUUGGUUCAUCUCCAUUUUAA